AUGGCUGUUGGAGGAGGAAUCGUCCUUCCAGGCGAUGCUACCCUUCUCCCUGGAUCUGCAACCGUAGUUAACGGUGAGACAAUUUCUCUCGCGCCGUCUGGCACGGCCAUUGUAGUGGGUGAUUCAACUAUCGCUGUGCCAAACGGGGGUCCAUCACCAGCCAUCAAUAUCCAGGUCGGAUCAUCAACAAUUACGGCGGCACUCGCCGCGGCUUCCGGAGGAGGCAUUAUUCUCCCAGGGGGGGGCACUCUUCUCCCUGGAUCGGCGACUGUACUCAACGGCGAGACGAUAUCUCUCGCCCCGUCUGGCACCGCAGUUGUAGUCGGAGGCUUUACAUCCUCCCUUCCCUAUGCCAACCUUCACCCACCACCACCGGUUCUUCCCAUUGGGUCCCUGACAAUCACUGGCAAUGCUGCGUCGCAAUACUUCAUUGCUCCAGGCCAGACACUCACGCCAGGGGGCACCGUCACUUACAGCGGGACACCAGGAGAUGGGACUACUUUCAUCGUCGAGGGACACACUUUGACACCAGGCGGAGUCAUCACGGUUUCUGGGACUGUGAUAUCGCUUUCGCCUUCGGCCACCGCUCUGGUUAUUGUUAGCAGUGGCACUAGCACAUCAACUAAGACACUCUUCCCAGCGACGAAGAUUACGGCUUCUACAGCCACGCAAACUGGAGCCUCAGGCUCCGCAGCUUCUGCAGGCAAAACCCCCACUGGAACCGCCGUGUCGUCUCAUGGGGCCGCGCAUAGCAUCCACACGUCUAGCAACUCGCUAUCGCUAUUCACACUCGCUCUAGGAUAUCUGCUAUUCUGGCUUUAA